GCUGCAGAAAAUGGCGUCUGUGGAUCCUGCGCCGAGCUCCGGGUCCGUGUAAUCCAUCGGCCCGGUCCCCUCCGUGUGUCUGCGGCUCAAACAUGACCCUGCUCCCCGCCCGGACGCCUUCGUGACCGGGGACCCACACGCGGCUCUCCCUGGAUGUCCCAAGGAGCCAGAGCGGCCUGGGCGGACGGGGCAGGCCGAGAAUCAGGGAAACACAAUCUUUGGAAAUGCGAGCGGGCCGUCACAGCGCCGCCGCAGAAGCCUGACGUCGCUGGCCCCGGCCCCAAAAGGUGAUUGACGCUCACAAUCGGACUGUAGUUGCAUCCACUGGACACUAGGGGCACUGUCCUCUGAUUGGCUCAGACAGCCCCCUCUGACAUGCCCGUGGCCAAUCAGAGGUGUGUCGUAAGCCCCUCCUCCUCUGCUCAGGUGUGUCAUAAACUCCUCCCCCUCUGCUCAGGUGUGUUAUGUCGGCGGCGGAUGUGGAGGUGUACUUGUCCCAGGUGCAUGAUGGGAGUGUGUCCGCGGGGUUCAGGGCGCUGUAUGAAGAGCGCCUCCUACUGGACGUCACCCUCAUGAUCGAGGAGCACCACUUUCAGGCUCACAAGGCGCUGCUGGCGACUCAGAGCGAUUACUUCCGGGUGAUGUUCACGGCCGACAUGAGGGAGAGAGACCAGGACAAGAUCCACCUGAAGGGACUGAGCGCCGCCGGGUUUGGACACAUCCUCAGAUUCAUGUACUACGGCUCCCUGGAGCUCAGCAUGCCCACGGUGCAGGAGAUACUGCAGGCGGCGAUGUACGUGCAGCUGACCGAGGCCGUGGAGUUCUGCUGUUCUUUCCUGCUGGCCAAGAUCUGCCUGGAGAACUGCGCCGAGGUGAUGCGUCUGCUGGAGGACUUCAGUGUGGGGGUGGAGGGGGUUCAGGAGCAGCUGGACUCUUUCCUCCUUCAGAACUUUGUCCCGCUCAUGAACAGACCCGACUUCCUGUCCUACCUCAGCCUGGAGAGACUACAGGCGUACCUGAGCUCUGAUGCCCUGAGCAGGUUCCCAGAGAUCGAGUUGUAUGAGGCAGUUCAGUCUUGGCUCCGUCACGACCGAAGGAGAUGGAGACACACGGACACCAUCGUCCAGAGUCUGAGGUUCUGCCUCAUGAGUCCAGCCAACAUCUUUGAGAAGGUGAAGACAUCAGAGUUUUACCGUUAUUCUCGGCAGCUGCGUCAGGAGGUGGAGGCGGCGCUCUCGUAUUUCCAUGACGUGAACCAGCAGCCUCUGGUGGAGUCCAGGUCCAACCGGAUCAGAUCUGUGCGCGCGCAGACCGCUGUGUUCAGAGGGAUGAUCGGACACAGUAUGGUGAACAGCAAGAUCCUGCUGCUGCAGAGGCCCAAGGUGUGGUGGGAGCUGGAGGGCCCUCAGGUGCCCCUGCGUCCUGACUGUUUGGCCAUUGUGAAUAACUUUGCGUUCCUUUUGGGCGGAGAGGAGCUGGGGCCCGACGGGGAGUUCCACGCCUCCUCCAAAGUUUACCGCUAUGACCCCAGACAGAACUCCUGGCUACGCAUGGCCGACAUGUCUGUGCCCAGGUCGGAGUUUGCAGUGGGCGUCAUCGGGAAGUACAUUUACGCUGUUGCCGGGCGGACUCGAGAUGAGACGUUUUACUCCACGGAGCGUUAUGACAUCACCGAGGACCGCUGGGAGUUUGUGGAUCCGUAUCCAGUCAAUAAAUACGGACACGAAGGAACUGUUCUUAAUGGAAAACUCUACAUCACAGGAGGAAUCACCUCCUCCUCCACCUCCAAACAGGUGUGUGUUUUCGACCCGGGGCGAGAUGCCGGUUCAGGGGCGGGCCCUCCGGACAGGCCACGCCCCUCUCGAGCCGUCCCCCUUUUAUCGACCAAUCACGGUGGCUGCUGGGAGAACAAGUCCAAAAUGAACUACGCGCGCUGCUUUCAUAAGAUGAUCUCCCACAACGGGAAACUGUACGUGUUCGGGGGCGUGUGCGUGAUCCUGCGCGCCUCCUUCGAAUCGCAGGGAUGCCCUUCCACAGAAGUGUACGACCCUCAGAGCGACGAGUGGACCAUCCUGGCCUCCAUGCCCAUCGGGCGCAGCGGGCACGGCGUGGCGGUGCUCGACCGUCAGAUCAUGGUGCUGGGAGGCCUCUGCUACAACGGACACUACAGCGACUCCAUCCUCACCUUUGACCCCGAGGACAACAAGUGGAAGGAGGACGAGUAUCCCAGAAUGCCUUGCAAACUGGACGGGCUGCAGGUGUGCAGCCUGCACUUCCCCGAGUACGUUUUGGAGCACGUGCGGCGCUGUAGCUGAGGCUUUUUCUACAAACUCCAAAAGGACGAAGAAGAAGAGUCAAACCAGCACUUGUUAGCUUCUGUCAGCUUCUCUUAGCCGCCGCCAGGAGCUGCAGCCAGAGGGGGGCGCUGUGGGGCUGGAGCUGCAGCCAGAGGGGGGCGCUGUGGGGCUGGAGCUGCAGUAGGGGAGGGAGCGCUGUGUAGAGCUGCAGCUGGGGGGCGCUGUGGAGCCGUGUUUGAUUCUCAGCGGCCAAAACGAAACGAAACUUGUUGUGAGGAGAUGUGUUUUCUGAAGUUUGGACUUAAUCAAUUUCUUAUUUGAUUUAAAGACGCACCGUGUAACUUUAGUGGUGGAGAGUGUGUCCCUUGCUCGUCUCUGUGGAGAUGUCAUUGCUUUGCCUGGAAUCUGGAAUAUUCCACAGUGUGGCAUUAAACUUAUCUAUCUUGCUUUUACAGAAUGACUUUUUAUUCCUCAAAAACCCCUCUCCACAGAUCUGACCUGUGAGGGAUCCAUCCUCAUCAAAGUAAAACCAUCUCUGUGGAGACGAGCGGGGGGCAGACUCUCCACCGGAAAAGUGACGUAGUGUGUCUUUAAAGCCCAGUUUGGAUCAGAUUAAACGCUCUGGAAGCAUUCAGGGUCAUUUUCACAGUUUUCCGUUCAAACAUAAACAGGAUUGUGCCGGUCGGGUUCACGGCGUUCUCCUCUGCGUUUGUCUUCUGCUGUAUUUACUCUCACCCAACACUUCUUAAACGGGAUUUCAAAGUCUCUGGACCUGAUCUUUACCGUCUUAAACACAUGAAAAACAGAAUCGGUUCGUUUUAUCUGACCACGAUCUCGGAGUUCGUCAGAAAAAUUACAAAUCGACUGUUUGGUUCUCGUCCAUAAACUCACUGAACCUUUGCUUCCAGUGCGUUCCACCUCUGUUCAUCCGGCUCCCGUCGCACAUUUAUCCGCUGAUACUUCGCAGUGACGUCGCGCUGGGCCCUGGGGGUGUUCUGCAUGUUUGUCUAUGGAGGAAUGUUCAGCAGUUACCACGGCGACGCAACAAACACAUCGGUAGGAUGUCCACACGUCCAAGUUUUACCCGGGACAGUCCCAGUUUUGAGCCCUGUGGAUUUAUACAAAACCAGGUCUAAACCAGGUCUAAAACAGGACUAAAACAGGUCUAAAACGGGACUAAACCGGGACUAAACCGGGACUAAAACAGGUCUAAAACAGGUCUAAAACAGGUCUAAAACAGGACUAAAACUGGUCUAAACCAGGUCUAAACCAGGUCUAAAACAGGACUAAAACAGGACUAAACCAGGACUAAACCAGGACUAAACCAGGUCUAAACCAGGUCUAAACCAGGACUAAACCAGGUCUAAACCAGGACUAAAACAGGACUAAAACAGGACUAAAACAGGACUAAAACCGGACUAAACCAGGUCUAAACCAGGUCUAAACUAGGACUAAAACGGGACUAAGACGGGACUAAGACAGGUCUAAAACAGGACUAAAACCAGACUAAACCUGGUCUAAACCAGGACUAAAAUGGGACUAAGAUGGGACUAAAAUGGGACUAAGACAGGUCUAAAACAGGACUAAAAUAGGACUAAACCAGGUCUAAGACAGGACUAAAACAUGUCUAAAACAGGACUAAACCAGGUCUAAGACAGGACUAAACCAGGUCUAAGACAGGACUAAACCAGGUCUAAGACAGGACUAAACCAGGUCUAAAACAGGACUAUCACAAUUUUUGUCUAAUCUGAUCCCUGCUGACAGUAACGAGGAGUAUAAAUUGUGAUCUGAGCUGUGGGAAACGGUUAUGAAUUUUUUAAAAAGCGCAUAGUCCAUCCUUGAGGAAAAUAUCUAAUCUACCAGGACUAAAACAGGACUAAACCAGUCUCAGCCCUAGUCUGGUCCCGGUCUCAGUCCUGAUCACCCAACAGUCUACAUGGGUGCACCUCCAGGCCCGUCCCGACACUCAGUACUCGUUUAGUCCUGAGUUAGUCCUGGUUUAGUCCUAUUUUAGUCCUAGUUUAGUCCUGGUUCAGUCCGGUGCAAAAGUUCGGCAUCGCAGUUUAAAUUUCAGAAACGGGAAACGUCGUUAUCAGUUUUUUCCAUUUUUCAUUUAAACAGAAAACUGAAAAAACAAAUCAUUAUCUGUUUUUUAAUUUUGGUUUUGGAGACAAAUAAUGAAGAAAACUGUUGAUUUUUUUGUUUCCUUAUUCUUGGUUUUAUUUUGAAAAACUAAUGAAAAAAUGAUACACAGAUUGUACUAGUUUAGAAUUUAGAAAAAUGGUCCGAAAGCUCAAAAAAACAACAACACAAAAGUGAUUUUUAAAGAGCACGUUUUGAUGUUCCUGUGAUCAUGAUCCUGUUGUUUAGGAGUUUCAAACAAAGCUCAGAUUAAAGUCUAAAUCGAGUCGCGGAGCUUUGGACAGAGCAGUGCCUCCGGUUAGCGUCACACCCCCAGAGAACAUGGAAGUCGUCCGCUGCGAAGUAUCAGUCGUCCUCGUUCGAACGACACUAAAACUCCAGGUUCGUCGCGACUGGUUCUGUUUUUUUGUUUUCCUAAAGGUCCAGUUUGUCGUUUGAGCUUCGAUCACGUCGCCACAGCUCGAAUUUAGACUUUAUUUACCAGAUGAAUUAUACUUUUACAUCGAUUUAAGAAGCAGUUUGUGAAGAAAAGCUGAAAAAAUAUGUUGAAAAAAAUGACAGAGUUUCAUUUUAGAGAGUCCCACGUCGGAAAAUUCUGACCAAAAGUUCUUCAAGUUUUUUUGGAAACUUAAAACGCCUUUAUCUAGUUUUCUAAAAUAAUCCUUUCUUAUAUUUUUAUUUGUCUAAUAAUAAUCUCUGUGAUGUUAGAAUUAUUUCAUUUUGGUCGUAAAGUCAGAGCCGUUUUACUUCAUUUCCCAAACAUACACCUGCUUGUUUCCAUGAAGAUGUCGUUGCUCUGCCUGGAAUGUUCCGCAGCUCUACUUUACAGAGUUCCCACGGUCAUGGAAAUUUGUAAAUUCAAUGGAAGUUUUGGAAAAGUCAUGGAAUUUUAGUGUCUUUUUCACACAACUCCAACGUCUGCGUCUUUUGUUUAACCCUCCUGCACCCCGGAAACAUUUUUUUUAUAUCUCAACUUUUCUUUUUUUGCCUUAUAACUUUGGCGUUAUUGCACCAAAUAGCACCAAAAUUGGCCAGUUUGUGUAUUUUGUGAUGUAUUUUUAAUUUCUGUGAUUUAUUUCAAGAUCACAUUAAUUGAACGGUCUAAAAUUAAAAAAACAAACUCAGGCCUGUGCUACUUCCGUACAUUUUUGUUUGUUCGUUGACUCAAUUACAGGUGAUUUUACAGCCCAGAAAUAAUUUGUUCCAUCAGAUUUAGAAUUUUAAAUUCUGCUGAAUUUCUCACUUUGAAUAUUUUAACUCUGAAAAAAAGAUGAACAAAUAAGAGUUGAGGUUUUGAUGAGGUUAAUUUGGACCAAUCAGAUCGCUUCACUGCAUCAUUUUCUGCUCGUUACGAAGUUAAAUCGAAUCAUUUUGGAUCGAUUGUUUCUGAAAAGAAUAUAGAAUAUCUUUGUCAUUGUAACAGAUAAAAUAAAAUAAAGUGCAGUUUUUGUUCUGUGCAAAGGCAGCAACAAAUAAUUAAAGAUAAAAAAGAUGAUGAAGAAAAAAAAUAGAUAAAGUUCGCCGCCGAGAAGAGCUGCCUUGACAAACAAAAAACAAAACAUCUUGGAUCUUUCCUGCAAUUUUUUUUUUUCCACUACAAUUUCAGAUUUUUUAGGGCUUGAAAAUAUUUGUGCUAAAUAUUUAAAAGUUGUUUUUUUGUUAUAUUGAAUGUUAAACACUUUUUGAUAAUGUAGGCUUAAAAUUCCAGCAGCUUAAUUCAGAACAAAAAUAAUUCAAACAUUCUUUUCUUCAGAGUUAAAAAAAUUCAGUGUGAAAUUCAGCAGUGAAAAUUUCUCUUAUAUGGCCAAGAUUUAAAACUUUUUCAGAUUUAUUGUUGACUUACUCGUUCUGAGACGCUUCAUUCUCGUCUAGAGCUCGUUUAUUUUAAGAGAACUUGAUAAUUUCACUACUUAAAAGUCAUUUUCUGAUAGAUUUAAGUGUUUAUAUCUUAAAUUUUGGCCAAGCUUUUUUCGAAAUCUGAUGAAACAAAUGAUCUUCGGUACAAAAAAAAAAAAAAACACCUCAAAAACAGACUGUGAGCGGGAUCGCCUCUCCACAGAUCUGCCCUGGAACCUGUGGCGAUAUAGUUUAGUCUCUCUGAAGAUAGAAAAGUUUAAUGCCACACUGCGAAACAUUCCAGGCAAAGCAAAAACGUCUCCGUGGAUUAAAAAAUAAACUUUUAACGGACCCUUUAAAGCAAACUGGACCUUUUCCGUUGUGGACAGUGACGGACCUUGGACCCGAACACUAACGCGCGCCUUUCUUUUCUUUUCUUUUCUUUUCUUUGGGUUUUGUUUUGGGCUUCGUCCGUUGUUUAAUCUGUUUUUAUUUGUCCAUGUUGUUGCCACGGUGACCGACUGUGAAAAGGGCUAAGAGAGAAUCGAAGGCCUGUUUUAUUUAUAGAGCUAUGCAGUAAGUGUAGAGUUAUUUAUUUACUGAAAAAAAACUGCACUCGUGUCAUUUUUGUAUGUUUUUAUUUAAUUUAAAGGUCCCGUAUUACGCAGAACUGACUCUUGUGAAGCUUUAAGUCGAGGUUCUAACGUUGUUUCCUCGUCAAAAACAAACCUGGGAGUUUUGUUUUUUGUUUUGUUUCAUUCACACGUUUGACUAACUCUUUAUUAUUAGUCAAUUUUUCCAUUGGAACAUCGGCGUUCACUUUUUUUUUAUUGAAGACGGCAGCAGCGAACACUUCUUUUCACAAUAAAACACAUGCGGUUUUCCAAAUUAAAACAUUUCAGCCACGUUUACGAUUAGUGCUGCUCGAUUAUUUUGGUUAAUAUUCAAAUCACCAUCAUUCAAACGAUUAUUUUUAGUUACAUGAUGCAUUUAUUCAGCAUUUUUCUCAAAAAAACCCCAACAAAAACAAUACACUUGAUAAAUUAUGCAAAACUUUCAAAUUGAAAACAAAUACAGGCUACAAAUCUGAACCUUAGAGCAGAUUUACACAUAAUAACAUAAAAUGAAUCAAAUUAACUUUGAACAUAAAAUAAGGCAGAAAAACAUAAAUGUGUCCAAAGUAAACUCUAUAUCCAGCUGUUCUACAAUCUCUAUAGCUAACAAAAUAAAAUAAAUAUACUUAAUUAUAUAAAAAUAUCCCAAAAUAAACUUGUCGACUCACACUUGGACUUUAGAACCGUGCUGAUCACUGUGGGUUUUAUGUUUCGCACAAACUGAAUCGAGCCACGAUGACGUCAUCACAUGCUGCUGAUUGUUUACAUGUGGAGCAGAGCAAAGAAUCAGAGCUUUAAUGGAGAAAAUAAGUCCAGCGGCAGAAAUAUCUAUUAAACAGUGAGACAGACGUGAGUCCUGCUGCGAUUCGCUCCUCCAAGAGUUUAUGGAGAUGAUCAGAACUGUAGCUCCACAUCACACACAGCGCACACAGUUUUCUUAUUCUCUGCGAGCACACGCGAAUCUGUUAUAACGUCACAUCCACACUUCAAGGGUUUUAUUUUGUUUCACGUGUCAGACUUGGAGAAUAAUGUGGACGCUACUCGGAAAACUUUUGUUAUGAAAACGCAGCCAUUUGCACUUCUAUAAUUUUCACUUCAAUGCAUGUUUUACAACAUUUAAAACAGUUUAAAACAAGUCUGUCCAAUAUUGGCCUCAACACAACACUGACCACCAAACCCUCCGACAGAAAUACAGACGCAGUACAGUGCUGCAGUGAUACGAGUGACUGAAAUUGUUAUUUAAACCAAAACUCCAAACACAAUGAAAACUGUUCAUACUUAAAAGUGAAACUGGGCGCAGACGUCUCUGAAUCUUUGCUCAGAAUCUUUGCUCGUUUCCUCUGAGUUCUUCCAAGUUCUUCCGUCCGAGGAAAAGGGACGUGUCAGUGUGUGUCGCUUGGCAACGUCCCUGGACCUCCAGGACGGAUGGAUAAUAAAACGCACCAUAAAUGUGCCGGUUUAUGCGUUAAAACAAUGAAACAAAACACAACUGCAGGUGGUUUGUGACGAGGAAACGACGUUAGAACAGUUUGUUUUGUAUGGGCCCUUUAAAGGUUUCGCAGAUCUGUCUGUGCUCAAACGCUGUAUUAUUUUUGUCACUGUAAGAUUUCGCUCUUUUGUCCAAACGCUUAAAAAGAGUCGAUGGUU